AAAGUUAUAAAAAUAUAUAUAAAACGGUAUUACAGCUACUAUGUCUGUGCAACACCUAAUGUAUACUGUAAAGGCACACUAAUCCAACUGGAGAACGGCACCAUCAUACCAAAAAAAGUUCACACACAUUUAGCUUAUGGUCCAACAUUUAAUCAACAACAACUUAUAAAACAUUUUAGGACAACUUUAAUUGAAAGGUCAAAGACAGAGACUAAAGCUCUAAAAGUUAUUUAUGAUGAGGAAUCAGUUAGAAAUCAGGAAGCUGCUUUAAAUUAUAGUUGGCCAACAGCAGAGUCGUACAUGCGGCAGGCCAGAAGAAGUGUUUGUCCAGCAUUACCAUCCACACUACGGGAGUUGGGCGAAUAUUUAGAUUUAAAUGCUAACAUGUAAGAUUAUAUAGUUAAUACAAUUUAAAAUUUCU